CAGCCGUGCCCGCGGAGUUUUCCGCCGAGCGGGCUCCUCCUUCCGCCCCGCCCUGACGGCUGCGGCGCCCGCGACUCCCCAGUGCCCCGAGUGCCCCGCGAGCGCGAGAGGGACCCAGCCCCAGGCAGAACCCAGGCGCCGCGCCCGGGACACUCGCGGAGAGAGUGACUCCCUCCCACGUCCCGGUUCGCUCCUAGUGUCCCGGGUUCGCGUGGCCAGAUCUUAUCAUGAGCUACCCCGGCUAUCCCCCGCCUCCAGGCGGCUACCCGCCAGCGGCACCAGGUGGUGGUGCCUGGGGAGGUGCUGCCUACCCUCCGCCCAGCAUGCCACCUAUCGGGCUGGAUAACGUGGCCAACUAUUCGGGGCAGUUCAACCCGGACUACCUCUCGGGAAUGGCGGCCAACAUGUCUGGGACGUUUGGAGGAGCCAACAUGCCCAACCUAUACCCUGGGGCCCCUGGAGCUGGCUAUCCACCAGUGCCCCCUGGGGGCUUUGGGCAACCCCCUCCUGCCCAGCAGCCUGUUCCUCCCUAUGGGAUGUAUCCACCCCCAGGAGGAAACCCACCCUCUGGGAUGCCCUCAUAUCCUCCAUACCCAGGGGCCCCUGUGCCGGGCCAGCCCAUGCCACCCCCGGGACAGCAGCCCCCAGGGGCCUACCCUGGGCAGCCACCAGCGACCUACCCUGGUCAGCCUCCAAUGCCACUCCCUGGGCAGCAGCAGCAGCAGCCAGUGCCAAGCUACCCAGGAUACCCAGGGUCUGGGACCGUCACCCCCGCUGUGCCCCCAACCCAGUUUGGAAACCGAGGCACCAUCACCGAUGCUCCUGGCUUUGAUCCCCUGCGAGAUGCCGAGGUGCUGCGGAAGGCCAUGAAAGGCUUCGGCACGGAUGAGCAGGCCAUCAUCGACUGCCUGGGGAGUCGCUCCAACAAGCAACGGCAGCAGAUCAUCCUGUCCUUCAAGACGGCUUAUGGCAAGGAUUUGAUCAAAGAUCUGAAAUCUGAACUGUCAGGAAACUUUGAGAAGACAAUCUUGGCUCUGAUGAAGACCCCAGUCGUCUUUGAUGUUUAUGAGAUAAAGGAAGCCAUCAAGGGGGUCGGCACUGAUGAAGCCUGCCUGAUUGAGAUCCUUGCUUCCCGCAGCAACGAGCACAUCCGGGAAUUAAACAGAGCCUACAAAGCAGAAUUCAAAAAGACACUGGAAGAGGCCAUUCGAAGUGACACGUCAGGGCACUUCCAGCGGCUUCUCAUCUCUCUCUCUCAGGGAAACCGUGAUGAAAGCACAAACGUGGACAUGACCCUGGUCCAGAGAGAUGCCCAGGAGCUGUAUGCGGCUGGGGAGAACCGCCUGGGAACAGAUGAGUCCAAGUUCAAUGCAGUACUGUGCUCCCGGAGCCGGUCCCACCUGGUGGCAGUUUUCAAUGAGUACCAGAGAAUGACAGGCCGGGACAUUGAGAAGAGCAUCUGCCGGGAGAUGUCUGGGGACCUGGAGCAGGGCAUGCUGGCCGUGGUGAAAUGUCUCAAGAAUACCCCAGCCUUCUUUGCGGAGAGGCUCAACAAGGCCAUGAGGGGUGCAGGAACAAAGGACCGGACCCUGAUUCGCAUCAUGGUGUCUCGCAGCGAGACUGACCUACUGGACAUCAGAUCGGAGUAUAAGCGGAUGUAUGGCAAGUCGCUGUACCACGACAUCUCGGGAGAUACUUCAGGGGAUUACCGGAAGAUUCUGCUGAAGAUCUGUGAUGGCAAUGACUGAACAGUGACUGGUGGCUCACUUCUGCCCAUGUGCCGGCAACAGCGGUGCCAGGAAAAGGCCAAAAGAAUGUCUGUUUCUAACAAAUCCACAAAUAGCCCCGAGAUGCACCAUCCUAGAGCCCAGGCCUGUCCUCCACCCCCUCACCCAUAUGUUGUGCCACAGGACCUGGGUCGGUCUAGAACUCUCUCAGGAUGCCUUUUCUACCCCAUCCCUCACAGCCUCUUGCUGCUGAAGUAGACGUUUCAUUUUUCUGACUCAUGCAAUCGUUCCCUUUUGCUGUGGCUAAGACUUGGCUUCAUUUCGUCAUGUAAUUGUAUAUUUUUAUUUGGAGGCAUAUUUUCUUACAAUCAUUGCCAGACAGACACAUACAAGCACAAAUGUGUUUGCUGUGUACACAUUACUGGUGAGGGUGACUGGGUGGUAAAGCGCCGUGUCCUCGCUGAGGAACAAAAGGGAGGCGUGCCUGUGUGUCUGGUGAAUGUGUCACGAGCUUUGUUAUUGCCAAAUUCACUCCUUUUUAGAAAAAAAAAAAGGGGGGGGCCAGAAAGUCAUUCUUUCCAUCUUCCAUGCAGAAACCAUGAAAACAAAGCCAGUUCCCUAUCAGUGACAGGGCUGCUUGUAAUUUGUGGAAUGUGCCUUAAACCUGAAUGUUUGUAGCCAAAACUUGUUUCCACAUUAAAAGUCAGCCAGCUCUGGAAUGUUCUGGAAAUGUC